AGUUGGUAACACUGUGUGUGUGUAAAAAAAAGCGUCAGCGUCAAAUUUUAUGUUUUAAAUUAUAACAAUUUCUACAAUUACAAUAAUUCACAAUAAACUACAAAGUUAAUUCAUUACAAUACAAAUGGAGGUGAAGGAGUGUAACGAUUUAGCUGAAGAAAAUCAGUUUAUUGUGGACGAUGUGAGCAAAAUUAUAAAAGAAGCGAUUGAGAACUCAAUCGGGGGAACCGCAUAUCAACAUAACAAAGUGAAUCAGUGGACUUCCGCUGUAGUGGAAUCAUGUUUAAGUCAACUGACGAAGUUGCAAAAACCUUACAAAUACAUUGUGACUUGCACGAUAAUGCAGAAGAAUGGCGCAGGCCUUCAUACAGCCUCUUCCUGUUUUUGGGACAACAACACUGACGGCUCCUGUACAGUACGUUGGGAGAACAAAACAAUGUACUGCAUCGUUUCUGUCUUCGGCCUCGGCAUAUAAUACUUACUUAAUUCUCUCAUAAUUUAUGUUGAAGUUAUUUUUAAACAUUGUCCAUGCACACUUAACAAAUUAAUAAGUUUAUAGCAUUUUAAUCACGCUUCAAGGAGUUUAGACUCUAGGAUAUCCAAUAAUGGUGGUUUCUUUUUUCAGAAAAAUUGUGAGUAAAAAAAUUAUACAGUUAUAGUAUUGUUACCUACUAUAAUGUUUUAAAAAAAUAAUUAUAUUACAAUAACAUAUAUGUAUGCUAUGAAAAAUGAAAAAUUGAUUACAAAUAAAAGGUAGACGGUUAAAAUGUGUAUUAUUAAAUUGAUAUUCAAAUUGAAAAUUCUUACUCUUUCAAUCAAAAUUAAAUAUCUAUACCUAGUAAUCAUUACUUAAUUUUAAGUAUGUAGGAUAAUUAUAUUUUCAUACACAAUAAACAUAAUAAUGAAAAACCCUG